UCGGUGCACAAGUGCGCCACAAAGCUACAGAGGCGCAGGGUGAGAACGCGAGAUAAAGAUAGAAAGCUCCAGCGCACGGGAAACGGAGUGAUAAUGGGUUGGUGGAGCAAGAAAAACGAGACGGACCGCAGCCAGCCGAAACAGGCGCUGGUGCUGCAGGACCCGCGCACACGCGUCAAGACCACGAGCGCCGCCACGGAGACAACCAACACGGCCGUGCAGAACUCCACGAUCACGGACAGCAACAAGCAGACGGUCACCUUCCUCUCCACCCGCCAGACGGUGACGCACACGCAGCGGGCACAUAUCACGGAAACGACAACGCGCCGCACGCCCAGCCAGGCGGAGUUGGAGGCGCUCUUUGCCCAGAUGAGGAUGGGUGGCGAGGGAGGAAGCGGUACCACCACCACCACUACGACCACCUCCUCGAGGUCCCGACCGCCCAGUCUGAACGGAGUCUCCUUCCGCUCCACACAGCCCUUCAAGGCCACGGCCGGAAAGCGUUCCAGCACGCUUGUCAAGACCGAGCAGACGACUGUCACCAAGAAGAACGGGCACACGGUCACCCAGCACCUGGAGACGCAGCACGUAGACCUCAAGGGCAGGGGCAGCAAGCCGAACUGGUCGCCGUUCACCUCCACGGCCAGCAGCUCGGGUUCCACCUACGUUUCGCCCUACGCCCAGAAGCCGAGCCUGGCCAUAACCUACACGUCUCCAUAUGUCAAGACUCCAGGAGCCACUAGCUCGGUUGCCAGCUCCGUUACGAGUGUGCCCAGUGCUCCCAAGUCGACGUCAUCCAGCUCCUCUUUUUCAAGUUUUUUUAAGCCUUCCCCCAAAGCAGCUGACAAGCCGCUGACGGCCACUGCAACACCCAAGCCCUACAUUAGCUUGGGAUCACCAUCGACUAGCGUCAAGCCCAAAGUCACAGGCCCCGCACGCACCCUCGACGCCCAGGGCACUAGUAUAUCCAGCCUCGGUUCCUCAAAGUCCAGCCUAACCAAGAGUAAACUGAAGCCCGCCAGGGUGUAUAUCUUUAACCACGAGCGGUUCGAUAACAAGAACGAGUUCCGUACGGGCAGUUCCCAGGAUGUGAAGGUCUUGCGAUCCACUUUCGAGCAGCUCAGGUGCAAGGUGGAAAUCAUCACUGACGCCACUCUGGCCACCAUCAAGCGGACGGUGCGAAUGCUUGAAACCAAGGAUUUUGAGGACAAGAGCGCUUUGGUGCUGGUGAUGCUCAGCCAUGGAACGCGCCACGACAGACUUGCAGCAAGGGAUGAUGACUAUUCCCUCGACUACGACAUUCUUUUCCCAAUCCUGCGCAACCGGACACUAAAGGACAAACCCAAGCUACUAUUUGUCCAGGCUUGCAAGGGCGCCAACGAGCUGGGGGGAUUUAUGACGGAUGCCGCUCAGCCCAAUGGGUCCCCCAACGAAAUUCUCAAGUGCUACAGCACCUACGAGGGAUAUGUCUCCUACCGCACGGAGGACGGCACUCCAUUUAUUCAAACUUUGUGUGAGGCCCUCAAUCGUACGGGCAAGACCUCAGAUAUCGACACAAUAAUGACCAAUGUGCGGCGCGUGGUUAAACUUCAAACCAAAGACGGCCAAAUUCCAUCAGUUACCAGCACGCUCACCUCUAAGUACGUUUUUGGAGAUUACAUCUGAUCAAAGUAUUCUUUACCAUAUAUGUAUUUCCCUUAAUCCCUGACAUGAGCUUUAAGUCGAGAUGUAGAAGCACCUAAGUAGAAUAAGCCAAGUGUACCAGUAAAUUUACUAUAACAAUUUGGUAGCAUGUUUUUUGUUGUUGCAUUUUUUGUACAGUUUUUAAGAGUGUAACCACAAAAGCUGGUACUUUUACAAAGCAUGUGUAUUUUGCUGUUAAUUAAACUGUGCUUUUUAAAUUU